AUGAGUGUUCAGAACCCCCUGAGACUCCUGAACCUGGCAGGGAAGACCCUACUAACCAAUGAGGCCUUGGCCAUUUCUGCUCUGGAGUAUCUGCCCAUCGAGCUCUUCCCCCCACUCUUCAUGGAAGCAUUCUGUGGAAGGCACAGAAAGACCUUAAAGGCCUUGGUUCAAGCCUGGCCCUUUGUCCGCCUGCCUCUGGGGGGCCUGAUGCAGACACCUCAUGUGGUAACGUUACAAGCAGUGCUCGAGGGACUUGAUGUCCUGCUCACACAGAAGGAUCGUCCAAGGAGAUGCAAACUGCGUGUGCUGGACUUAAGGAAUACUGGCCAGGAUUUCUGGAGAAUGUGGUCUGGAUCCAGUGUCCAUGUGUCCUCAAGCUUUUCAGUGGCACCAGGGGCCGAGGACAGAUCAAGCACUGAGACAGUCUUGGCUCCCUUCGAGGUGUUCAUAGAACUUCACCUCAAGGAAAGGAGCAUGGAUGGAUUUCUCAUCUGCCUUAUGAGAUGGGUGGAGCAGAGGAAAGCGUCCAUACACCUGUGCUGCAAGAGGCUGAGGAUUCUUUCAUUUUCCAUGGAUAAAAUUAUGAGGGUCCUGAGCAUGGUGCAGCUGGACUGUAUCCAGGAGGUAUACAUGAAUCGCAGCUGGCAUCUGUCCACCCUGGCCAUGUUUGCUCCUCUCCUGGGCCAGAUGAGCAAUUUGCAGAGACUCCUCAUCUCCCACAUCAAUCUGCCUGAUCCCGAGGAACAGGAGGAGCACCACAUUGUCAAAAUUACUUCUCAGUUCCUAAGGCUGCACCACCUCCGGGAUCUCCAUCUGGAAUCCCCCUUCUACCUCAAAGGCUGCCUGGACCAGAUGCUCAGGUGCCUGAUGACCCCCUUGGACAACCUUGGGAUUACUCGCUGCCUGCUUACAGAUUCAGACCUGACCCAUCUGUGCCAGAGCCCAAACAUCAGUCAGCUAAAGGGCCUGUAUCUGAGUGGGGUCACCAUGACCUACUCUAGUCCUGAGCUCCUCCCAGCUCUGCUGGAGAAAGUUUCAGCCACCCUCCAGGAGUUGUACUUAGAGCAAUGUGGGAUCAGGGACUCCCACUUGGAAUCCAUUCUGCAUAUCUUGAGCCGCUGUUUCCAACUCAUGUCCUUCAGUCUGCGUGGGAACCUCCUCUCCAUGGCCAUCAUGGAAAAGCUGCUGCGAAACACCUCUGGGCUGCCCAGGUUAAGUAAAGAGCUAUACCCUGCCCCUCAGGAAAGUUUCAGCUCUGAUGGAAUCCUCCAACCCAGGAGACUUGCCCAGAGUCAGACUGAACUGCUUGAGAUCCUGGAGGACUUGGGACAUCCCAGGACCAUCUGGAUUAUCUUCACGCCCCUGUCCACCCUCCGGAGAUAA